AUGGCUGCGACACGCCCUUCAUCGUCGAUCCUCCUACGAGGUGGCACCGUGCUCACACAUGACGACAAUGACCACGUUGUUCCCCUCCAGGACACCGACAUUCUGGUUCGCGACGGUGUCAUCGCGGACAUCGGGAAGAACAUCUCCCCGCCCACCAACGACACCGAAGUGAUAGACUGCGAGGGGAAAAUCGUCUCCCCUGGCUUCGUGGAUACGCAUCAUCAUCUCUGGCAGACGCAAUUGAAGGGAAGACAUGCGGAACAAGGGUUGGUCGCAUACAUGUAUAGUGGCAACAUGAUGUCUUAUGCAUAUACCCCCGAGGACAUGUACUGGGGCCAGUUGUCAGGCUGUCUCGAGGCAAUCCACGCCGGUACCACGACGGUCUUGGACCAUGCCCACUGCGCUUACACGCCUGCCCACGCCACUUCGGCCCUCGACGCAACUCUCGACUCAGGUAUACGCAGUAUCUUCGGAUACAGCAUCCCCUCGCGCAUGUCCAAAUGGGAUCAGUCUCAGUGCAUCCCAGACCAAGACCUCCUCCCAGAAUGGGCACUCACGCAAAUUGCGGAACUGGCACAGAAGUAUAACCGACCUGCUACAACGGUCGAAAUUGGCAUGGGCUUUGAUUUCUGGUUCCUCCCCCAGGAGAUGGUGCUGAGCAUGUUCGGGAAAUUGAGGAAAAGUGGACUAAGAGUCCUUACUACCCACGUCGGUAGCAGUGCGUUCAUGGGUCUCCAAUCACCUAUACCCAAAUUCGAAUCCUACAAACUCCUCGGCGCGCCAUAUCCACCGUCGGACACGACAUCAAGCAUGCCUUUCUUGCUUCUCUCGCACUGCAACGGUCUCCCUCAAGAGCACCUCUCCCUCCUCGCUUCAACGGGUACACCAAUCUCAAGCACGCCAGGCACCGAGGCCCAAAUGGGCAUGUCCUACCCUGUAGCACUGGACUCGGCGCUGAGGCAGUCGGGCAGUGCAAACGUCUCGCUUGGCGUAGACUGCCACUCGAACGACCCGUCUUCAAUCCCGCUGCAAGCCCGCAUGCUGCUUCAGCUUGCGCGGGUCGAGAAGAACGCCCGCAUCCUCGCUGAAGGGAAGUUCCCGUCCCGAGACGUCACCGGCACGUCGGAGGACGUGUUCAACCUGUCAACGAUCCGAGGCGCGCGAUGUCUCGGUCUUGACAAGGACAUCGGAAGCAUUGAGCGAGGCAAGAGGGCCGAUCUGCUCGUCUUCGAUGCGCGAGGCAGUGUGGGCAUGUUGAGCGCGGCGGAGUAUGAUCCCGUCGUGGCGAUCGUGAGGUUCAGCGAGGCCGCGGAUAUCGAGUACGUCAUCGUGGACGGCGUGGUACGGAAGAGAGCAGGGAAGUUGGUAGCUACACAUGUUGGCGGCCCCCACGGCGGCGAGACGAGGCCUGGAGUGGGGAUGAUGGAGUGGAGCGAGAUAGCGGAACAGGUCAGGCGCAGUCAGAGGGAGAUCCAGGGCCGGAUCGAUGGACUCAGUCUCGAGAAGGCAAGGAAUAUGAUGCUGAGUAUGUAUCACACCGACUUAAGCAGGCUGGUGGACGCCAAGUAG